AUGCGUGCGUGCGUACGUCAGUCAAUCCAAUCAAUCAUUUGUUUAUUGAUUCGUUUGUCGGUCGACAGAAUAAAUCUAAUUUUUGCAAAUUAUGUGUUAAUUGUUGGUCUGUAGCAUUUUUAAUUCUGUUACAUCAAAGUAUACAUUUAUCAAUUAAAAAACCUACUUGAAAAAUUGUUCUUACUAAAACAAUGGCCUCGCAUCUAAGCACCAAAGAUCGUUUACUUUCUCUCAUCGAUGACAUAGAGCUAAUAGCAAAAGAAAUUAUAGAAGUAUCUAUUGCACCCAAAUCACAAAAACUAUCAGCUGCCGACCAUGCACAGUUGACAGAUUUGUUGCUAGCAAAAGACGUGGAACUUAAGAAAACAUUAGAACUUGCUGAAGAACAAGCUAAGAUUCAACAGAAGAUGAAUGAACUUAAAGCUGAAGUCGAUAACAAGGACCAAGACAUUCAUCAUUUACAAAGGCAGUUGAAAGAUGCAGAACAAAUACUUGCAACAUCUUUGUAUCAAGCUAGGCAGAAACUCGCAUCUAUUGUGAAAUCCAGAAAGAGACCAGUUUCUUCAGAAGAGUUAAUUAAAUUUGCUCACAGAAUAAGUGCUUCAAAUGCUGUCAGUGCACCUCUGUCAUGGCAGCCCGGUGAUCCUCGACGACCAUACCCAACUGAUCUCGAAAUGCGACUAGGGAUGAUAGGCCGUCUUAGUGACCUGCCUGUUAACAAUGGACACACUCCAUCCACACUCAACGAACUACAUCGAAUCACAACAGGCGGAGUGCCAGCACCAUCAACCAACCAGUUCACGUGGCAUCCAUCAGGAGAAUUACACAUGUCUGUGGGUGGAGGUAACUCCGUAGCCAUCGACGGUCGCGGCAAGGAUGCGCACACCCAAGAAGACGUCGAAGUCAUGUCUACAGACUCCAGUUCGAGCUCGAGUAGCGAUUCUCAAUGAAUAAGGACUAGUUUUUUAAAGUGUUAACAAUAGACGAUUUCAUUCAGAUCAGAACCGUUGUUAAGUGAGAAAGUGUAAUAUUGGGCAGCCAUAGUGUAAACAAAAGUUAUAAGUUAAAAAACUUGCAUUUAACUAUUUGUAUGUGUACAUUCAAUUUCACAUUAUUAUGAUAACAGUCAAAUAUAUUAUGUAUUCAGCCAGCACAAACCGUUGGGUAUUACAAAAAGUAGGUAGGUAAACUGAAAAAAA